AUGGGGCACGCCGCAAAGGAUUGUCCACAGGCAUUGAACAGCUCGUCGACUGCUCUGGAGGGGGAGGAGGACGGUGGAGGAGGUAUAAAUGGCGGUGAAGUCUCCUCGUCCACGGCAGGCUUGACAGGCAAGGAGACUGUCGGGCUAUGUUUCCGGUGUGGUUCCACCUCUCACAUCCUCUCGCGCUGUCGUCGUCCAGCCCCAACCGUAGGACCCGACCUCCCCUUCGCCACCUGCUUCGUCUGCGGCUCUAAAGGUCACCUCUCGUCUCGCUGUAGCCAGAAUGCGGGCAAGGGGGUCUACCCGAAUGGAGGAUGCUGUAAGCUGUGCCAGAGCGUAGAGCAUCUGGCAAAGGAUUGCCCCCUAAGGAGGAGUGAGACGACUCAGGCUAGUAAUGCGACGCAGGGAAUGUGGGGCGCGGGGAGACAGUGGGAGGGGCAGAGGGGAGGGGGCGCAGAUGACGAUGAUUUCCAUGCGUUUGCGAGAAAGAAGUGGGAGGUCGAGAGGGAGGAAGCCGGAGGUGCUGCUAGACAGGGCCAGCACGCUGCCAAGGGUGCGGCGGCCGCUCCUCGAAAGAAGGUCGUCUCGUUCUGA